GCGUGGGGAGGGUUGGUGCUUGCGGGCACUGGGGGCUGCUCGCCAUGGCUGGCGUGGAGCUGUUCUCGCAUCCCGCGCUGUACACGCGCUACCGGGCUGGAUUCUGCUCCGCCGCGGCACUGGCGCUGUUGCUCAUCACGGCGCUCACCUAUGUGCCGCCGCUGCUGGUGGCCUACCGGAGCCACGGUUUCUGGCUGAAGCAGAGCGCGUACCUGGAGCAGCCCACUGUUCGUUUCCGGUACGAGGCUCUCUUCGUCGCCACCAUCGGGUCCGGCCCGGGCAGCUUCUUGGCGUGGAGCACAUUCCCAGCGUUCAACAGGCUCCAGGAGGACCGGCUCCGAGUCCCUCUCCUGUCGACUAGAGAAGAAGACAAAAAUCAAGAUGGCAAAAUGGAUGAGUUGCAUUUUAAACUGGAACUUCCAUUACAACCAACAGAGCAUGUAGUCGGCGUUCAGCUGAUUCUACUCUUUUCCUACCAGCUUUAUAGAAUGUCAACAUUUGUGAUGCAGAGCAUGGCUUUUCUUCAGUUUUUUUCUCCUGUGCCAGGGUCUCAGCUCUAUGUGAAUGGAGACUUGAAAUUAAACCAGAGGCAAUUACUUAACCACUGUGGACUGGAUACCAGAUACAAUGUGUCUGUGGUCAAUGGCACAAGUCCUUUUGCAAGUGACUAUGAUCUAGCAAACGUCAUUGGAGCGUAUCGGGAUAGAAAUGUGACAACAGUCUUUUCAGAUCCCAGCCCUGUUUGGAUGACUGGAAGAGCAACGGAUAUGCCAUUUGUCAUUAAUGCCACCAUUCAUUACCCAGUGGAAGUUAUCUUAUAUCAGCCAGGAUUUUGGGAAAUUAUUAAAUUUGCCUGGAUCCAGUACGUCAGCAUCCUCCUUAUCUUUCUUUGGGUGUUUGGUAGGAUUAAGACGUUUUUGUUCCAGAAUCAGGUGUUGACUACAAUUCCAGUAUCACCAGUUCUGCCUGUAUCUCCAGUACUAUCCUACAAACAGCACCAGUCCUGAAGAGAUGCCUGAGAACACUUCAUAGAAAUGCCAUUCAGAAAUAGUUACCUGAUUUUAUUCUCUAUACACUUCUUACUUCAGAAGAUCAGAAUUUUGUAAGUAUGUUCCAAGUAUGCUCUGUUUGUGCUUCCUUUUUUAAAUAUAUGUUCAUUCAUUUAAUUUCUUUAGGAACGCUGCUUUGGAGCUGGAAAAGUUUAUAUUUUUGACAGCAAAAAAGAGCCUAGUUGUUUUUUUGCAACUGAAACAUGCCUCAAAAACCACCUUGAAAACUGAAAAUAAUAUGCCGAAAGUAACAACAUUAACUAUUUUUACUUCUUGUGAAUCAAUUCACUGCAGUCUUAGAGCUGUCAAGAGUUAUUUGUACAUGCAUUUAUGUGCACUAUGAAGUGAAAAACAGCAUGGAUGAAUUAAGGUCGGAUAUGCACUUCUGUAACUGUGGCUAUACAUACUCAGCAAUUUAAUUAUUAAAUUGGAUGAUGAAUAAAUUCAA